AUGGCCGCCGCCGCCGCCGCCGCCCGUCAGGGCCGCAACCCCGCGCGCCCAACGCCCGUCGGGGCCCGUCUCCGCCCCGGAGCCGACACGGAGGCCGGAGCCUCGCGUGGCCCCCGCCUCUCCCGAGUUGCUAUGGAGCUGAGACAAUGCGGGCGCCUGAGGCCAAGGCCAGGGCCGGGCCGGGCCGGGCGGUCACGCGCCUUCCCAGGGCCCCUGGCCCCCCUGGGCCGAGGCUGGGGCACCGCCGCCGCCUCCAGUCCCCAGUCCUCCCGCUCCGCCCUGACCUCAGGAGGGGCGCCCUGUAGAGCCCGCCGCCUGUUAAACCCUGAAGGAACCAGAGCUCGGCGGUGGCCACCGUGCGUGCCUGCCCUCGCCAUGCUGGGGAAACGCCACGUCCCCUAGCGAGGAAAGAACCGGCCAGCGCCUGGGAGAGGCUGGGAGAGGCUGGGAGAGGCUGGGAGGCCCGAGCGCCGAUCUUGAAGAAGCAGGAGCGAGGAGAGAAGUGCCAGCCGGGCUCGUCCACACAGCUCUUGAUCUAGUUCAGUGGCAACGAUGGCCAUGUGAAAAGUGAAAACUGUGGGUUUUAGGAACCAGAGCUUCCCCCCACACUGUCGUUCCAGUCGGUUAAGACGGCUGCGAUGUCAAGAUAUCUAAGCUUUAAAAAUGGUUCCAGGAGUCUGUUGAAGAGGAGAUGAUAAAUUGAUAAACUAAUGUGUGAAAAGGUUUGAUGGAAGAGUUUUCAGUUAAAAAAAAAAAAAGUGGAAUUUGAAGACCACAGUCAUUCUGAUCAGAAAAAAAAUGAACAUGAAUGGCAAAUGGGAAAUCAAAUUUCUAGCCCACUCCUCUCCCCCGAGCCUAAAAACCCCAGUCUUGGUUGAGCCCUUCCAAUGCAAAAGUCCAAAAGGACUCAGCAUCUCCUCCAUUCCUCAUCUGCAGAUCUCACCUUCUGGUGGAAGUCUGGUGUUCUCUAAGGGACACCUCCAUCUACCAAGUGACUCAAGCCAGAAUCCUGCAAGAUUUCCCUCUGAAGCUUCUCCCCCAAACUCCAUAUUCAGUCAAGCACUAGGUCCUGCCAAUUCUGUGUUCAACUAUUUCUAGAAUCUGCAAUGUUCUCUCCACCAGCAGAGAGAGCCUUAGUAACAGGCUCCCACCUGCACUGUUGUAAAACCUUCUUAACUGGCGUUCUCAAAUCAGUUCUCCAUGUUUCAGUGAGUCCAAAUUCGCUCCCUGUAUGGGGAACACUCCAAGGCUGGCCAAAGGCCCACAGGUACGUGAAUGAUUAAAGGAGCAAGGAAUAUGGCAACAGGUGCGUGAAGCCUAACACCUGCCUAGGAGAGAGGCAGCCGUGUACAUUUCUGUGGCAGCCGAGAAGAAAAGGCUACUCGUGACACUUCCUCAUUUUCAACAAAGACACAUAAAAAGCUGACCUAGGAGCCCUCUGUCCACCAGUGUUCAGGACAAAUACUCACCUUAACAUAUUCCUCCUGCUUACUACUGGUGUGAACAACGGAAGAGCUUGCUAUGGGUGUCAAGACUUCUCCCCA